CUAUUCUUUAGACCUAAACCCAAAGCUCUCGUUUUUUUUCCUCUAAUCUAAAAACCCUGUCUCUAAGCCGGUCUCCUCACUCACUCUUCCCCGAUCCCUCUCCUUCUCUCUCUCUCUCCUGCUCCCUCAACUAUGAUGGCGAGGGGAUAUAUGAGGCUUCAACCACGGUGGAGGUCGACGGGGCUGACAGAGGCUCAGCGGGACUGCCGGAGGCUCGACGACGUGGACUCGGAGACUCGUUGAUGCAGGUAAAGAUCUCUUUCUCUCUCGUUCUGUUGGUGUGUGAAAGAUUAAUAUUAAUAUAUAAUAAUAAUAUUACACGAUUCAACAAUGGCGUAGAUCACAUGCGAGUGCGACAAUGUCCCACCUUCUAAAUACCAGUGCCAAGCUCUACUUUGCCCCCAGAGCCCAUCUCUUUACCUCUUCUUCUAGCUUUGCUUGUAACGCUUUUCUCCGAAUCCCUUCUUCCAUUCCAAAGACCCUUUCUCCUCUCAUUGCUAGGAUCUCUCUUUCUUCUAAAACUUCCAAUCCCACCAUGGGAGACUCUGACGACGCUAGAAUGGACGUUGUCCAGAGACGCCUUAUGUUUGAGGACGAAUGCAUUCUAGUGGAUGAGAACGACCGGGUUGUUGGUCAUGAUACAAAAUAUAAUUGUCACUUGAUGGAAAAGAUUGAAAAGGAAAAUUUGCUGCACAGGGCUUUCAGUGUGUUUUUGUUCAACUCGAAAUAUGAGUUGCUUCUUCAGGUAUUGCUUACAAUAUUUGAGGGACAUCAAACUAUAUGAUUUGCCAAUUAGGUACCCGAACCUUAGAUCUUGUGGGAGCAAACAACAGACCUGACUGUUUGAACUGCCCUCCUAGGUGCUUACAUUUAUAGUAAUAAGUGUCAUGUGAAGAACCAAGUCAAG